GCGUCUCCUGGGCCGACGCCCGCCGCGCCCCAGGCGCUGCCGAGAUGCGGCCAAGCCGCUGGCUGCGGGCCUCUGUACAGACGACGGCGCCGCCACCAGCGCCGCCUCCUCCCUCGCUUCUGAGACACUCGCGCCGCAAGACUUGCGAACAACCGCCUGACCGCGCGCCGCUCGCAGAAAGAGCCGCGGCCUGGAGGCGGGACAGAAAUAUCUGGCGCCGACGACGCCGCGCACGCGCGUUGGGCACCGCAGCCUGGGGGCGGGGCGCAGAUUACGCACGCGCCAGGGCCCUCCCUUCCACUCGCAGCCGCCCCUCUAGAUCCAGAGUAGCAAUGCUGCUGGUGCGGAAUUCACCCGCAGAGUGCGUGCUUGACGUCUCCCAUGCCCACCGCACGGUGCACCCAGGCUGGCAACCCGCGUGCUCGAGCGCGCGGGUCCUGCAGAGCCCAACCUUAGGUCCCGCCUCCUCAGCAGGCGUGGCGACGUCUGCAGCGGCAGCCUAGCCUAUAGUCGGGGAAGAGGGGCGGGACAAUACGGGGUGGGCGGGGCCACGACAGAGCAAAGCGUCGGAGCCCAGGUGGAGGGGGUGAGGGGGUCUUUGCCAGGAAGUUCCCGCCGAACGUGGAGGCGGUCUUAACCCAAACUUUCUUAUUGUUAAACUCGGGAAGCAGAAAGUUGUCCAAGUCAAACCGCAGAUCACAGAGAGAUACUGCGAAGCCAUUCUGUAAAACUCUGCCCAGUCCUUCGAAAGCCCCUUCUGUGUUAGUCCUCUGCUAUACUGAUUUUAGUGUGAUUUUUCUUUUUUCUUUUUUUUUUUUUUUUGAGGUGGGAGAACUGAACAUUUAACGCUAAGGAAUGAAAGUUGGAUC